AUGCCCAUUACGAACCAUCUAGGCCACAAGGUCCUCUCUCCGAUUACGGAUAAGGAGGAGUUUGAAAAGGCAUGCAAGAAGAACAUCUAUCACAUGCUUAUGUACUCAGCUCUGCAGGGGAUAUGUCAAGCCAUCGCGCAGAUGGGUAUCUUCGAUGCAUAUCUUUACGUUAUGGCUGGGGACUCUAAUAAAGCUGUCGGAUGGGCUGAGUCCAUCUCUGGGUUGAGUCAAGUCUCUGUUGCCAUACCAGCAGGCAUACUGGUCGAUAAGUUCUCUCGAGCCCUGAUAUGUCGAUGGUGUGGUUGGUUCUCCUUGCUCAUGGUCGUGUUAUCAAUAUGUGGUAUAUACUAUGACAAUAUGAUAGUCAUAUGCUUCGCCCUAGCUGUGGCUGGUGGCUACUUCGCAACACAGAACUGCGCGACCUACUCCCUUUUCGCAGACUCCAUCCCUCAGGGUCACCGUGCUAAGUGGCUAACGCGAGCAUCAGUGGUGAAUCAGUUGGCCUCGGGGCUCGGACCAUUUAUUGGUCUCUUCCUGUUCGUAUACUUUGGUAAUGAGUGGCGACUAAGUGUGCUGCACACUGUGCUCAUCAUUGGUUUUCUCGGGUUCAUCCCUGCCAAUUUUUUCCUCUUUGGAUGGACUGAUGUAACCCAUGAAGAUGGCCUCGGUGGCAACGCAGGCCGAUCAGGGGCGCAUGUAUAUCGUAAGACCACAUCAGAGUGGACCUGGACAAUACCGUAUCUGAUGUGUGCGAAUGACUUCAUCACAUGUAUAGGCGCCGGGAUGACUGUGAAGUUCUUCCCACUAUUCUUCAAAAACGACUAUAACUUCUCGCCGACUCAAGUGCAGCUCCUAUGGGCCUUCUAUGGGCUCACCUUUGGGCUCUUCACAUGGUUCUGUGAUAAAGUAGCGAAUCAUGUGGGUAGAGUCCAAGCUGGAAUCCUCUUCUCUACUCUUGGUGUUAUAUGCCUCUUCUGUCUGGCAUGGGUCCGCUGGUUGCCCGCCGUUGUUUUUACCUUCUUACUCAGAGGGGCGGUCCAGAAUGCGAUAUACCCGGUUGAUCGAUCGAUCAUUAUGGACUUCGUACCAUCUCACCAAAGGGGGAGGUGGAACGCCUUGGAGUCGCUAUCGUCUAUGACCUGGUCGGGGUCUGCGGUGAUAGGAGGGUAUCUGAUGGAUAACCAUGAUUAUCGAUAUACCUUCGUUGUGACGGCUUAUAUUUAUCUGGUGGCCUUGUUGAUGCGUUUGCCACUGCUGAAAUUGGUCCCUAAGGAGGAGAAGUUCACGUUCACGGAGAGUCUACUGAGUGUUCCAGAAAGCAAUGCUAGUAUGGAUGAGGAGAGGAUGAAAGUUAUGGCGAGCCCACGAACGCCAAACUCUAAGUUCGAAAACUGAGUCUUCUUCCAACCUGUUCAUCACGUUGUCAUCUACCCAC